UUCCUGCCAAAGUGUGGCUGCCUGCGCUGACGCCCAUUCAAUUCUUGACUCGGACCUGAAUUCGUACGGCCUGAGGCAUCAACCGACCACGCCAAGGCCUUCUUCAGCCACGUCCACCGACGUCAGCGUUGAUUGGCAGCGGCCUGAUGCAGCUUGCGUCCGCCCACGCGACCCCGCAAGGCUGCGAAGCGCGUGUUGCCCACGAUGCCGGCCUACAACUCCGUCUUCAACGCCGCCGAACCCGCCCCGCGGCUGGUGGGCAACUUCCCGCUCUUUCCAUUACGCACCAAGAUCCGGGGCCCCGUGUACCCGCUCCCCUUCCCGGACCCCCCGCUGCCGGCCAACGAGUCGCCCGACCCGGACUCGGAGAGCUACGACAUACUGGACGAGGUGCUCGCGCUGUUCCGCGCCAACACCUUCUUCCGCAACUUUGAGAUCCAGGGCCCCGCCGACCGGCUGCUGGUCUACGGCAUCUGGUUCGUCUCCGACUGUUUGACCAAGAUCCGCCCCACCGCGAGCCUGCGCGAGGCCACCAAGGAUGUCAUGAACCUGGCGCUAGACUUGAACUUUGCGAUUCCGGGCGAUCCCGCGUGGCCGUUAAAUCAGAUGUACGAACCCCCCCGCGACAGGCAAGACGCAGAGAUCCUCCGGCAGUACAUGUCACAGGUCAGGCAAGAAUUGGCGACGAGGUUAUUGGCAAGGGUAUACGACGAAGGAGAGGCCAAGCCGAGCAAGUGGUGGUUGAGCUUCACCAAGCGCAAGUUUAUGGGCAAGGGGUUGUGAGCGAGAGGCGCCCUAAAAUGGGCGGAAGGAAAGGAGGUUGCUACCGGAAUAGAAGCACCGAGAAAGGCAGGCGACGCUAUAAAACAGGACACUCGCAUUUCCAUGAAUGAC